GUUUCCACAUGCAUCUAUUCACAAAUCUGCGGUGUUGAACUGUGGGGAAGUCGGACUUGGAGGAUCACCACGCGUCGGACUAAUCACCUCGUCUGUCAGUUUUGACCAACUUGUUGCGCAGCUGCUAUUUCUAACCUCUCUGGUGCAGUGGCAUAAGGGGUGAUUAGUGCUUCAUCGGCUUUACGGUGAUAUUUUUUGUGAAAGAAGACCGAUGGAUGAAGCGGGGACGUACUAUCGCGGAUCAUUUGAACUUUUUGAUUUUUUUUUAAAUGAAGUCCUGUAGCCUACAGUGAAUGUUCGAGUCUCUUAAUAUGGUCUCAGAGGCAGGGGGUGCGAGUCAUGAGCCGGACGCGUCCUUGCCACGGACUAGACUGGAGCCACAGCCUCUUCUUCCUGACUUUAUUUCUGUGGACCAGACGCAUGAACGGACUGGCUGACUUUUCAAACUACCUGUCCAGGAUCAUAACCAGUCACUCUGCUCACGCUUGUGACGGACAGCCUCUGCGACUCCACUGUCCACGUCAUUCCACCAUCUCCAUCCAGUCCGCCUUCUACGGGAGCAGCGAGGUGCGGCUAUGCAGAGCAGACUCUCUGCUCGGCGCCCACAACCACAGCUGCUCAGCUUUUACUGCUCUACAGAAACUGCUGUCGGAGUGUCAGAGCCACAGAGACUGCCAGCUGCCUGUUAACCACCUGCUGUUUGGGAAGGACCCUUGUCCUGGCACUGCCAAAUACCUCCAUGUGGACUACAAGUGUAAACCAACUGAACACAAGAAACAUGUGGCGUGUGAGGGAGAGACGAUGAUCCUGCGCUGUAAGCCCCCCAGGGUUCUGAUCAUCUACGCAGCUGUCUAUGGGAGAGGUCUGGGCCAGACUGACACCUGCCCCUCACACCUGACAAGACCACCCCCAUUUGAGUGUCUGAACCACGAGGCUGUACACUUGGUGUCCAAGUCCUGCUACAGCAAACAGAAGUGCGUUGUUGCUGUCAGCAACCAGACCUUUAGGGACCCCUGCUUUCCAGGAACCAGGAAGUACCUCAGUGUGCUGUAUUCCUGUGUACCACAGACAUUACUAAGGGAGGCAGACCCUUACGGAUUCAGCACCACCUCAUCUCCUACUGUGGACACAGAAAAAGCUCCUCCUGCAGAUCUGGAGGAGCCUUUCUCCAAAGGGUCAAGAAGGCCAGACAGCUCAGGAGCUAUGAUGAGCAACUCUCUCCUGACCUACGCCUACAUCAAAGAGCAUCCAGAAAUGGCAGCGCUGCUGUUCACCUCCAGCGUGUGCGUUGGUCUUCUGCUCACGCUGCUGGCUGUGUCAGUCCGAGUGACCUGCAGAGUGCGCCCGCUCAGAGAUCACAGACUCGCACCCAAGUCUGGUAGCCAGACCGUCAACUGCCAGGAGGAGGACGAGGAUGAAGAUGAUGAUGAUGAUGAUGCAGAGGGAACAGAAAACUCUUCAAUCUUGGCCGCAGAAAGGAAGGCGAUGUACGGAUGGGAGGAAGUGACUUAUGUGAGCGAGGCAGCCGAACGGGCGGAGAGGAUUGAGCGCAGAGAGAUGAUCAUGCAGGAGAUAUGGAUGAAUGCCUAUCUGAAUGGCACCUCAUGUUAAAUAAACCGUGACCCCUGGAUGCUGUUCAGCACCUUCAAGUUUUUUUUCAGGAUUCUCUGCAGCAGCUCCCAGCCUUUGAUAAUUAACAAAACAAGAAACUUGUUUUUUUGUCUUUAGCGUGUUUUGCCAUUUGUGCAGGAGCACUGACUUUGUGAAGGAUGUAAUGUUUGGGUGAAACUGCGGUAGGCCUACUAGCCAUUUUUAAAUGAUCAACAGGGUUUAAUGCUGUAAAAUGGGUGGUCACAUAAAUUCUGUAAUUGUUUAAAUGUUGUAUUUAUUCACAUUCACCACCAAAUUACGCUAGGAUUUCAGGUUGAAAUGUACUGCUACAUAAGUGUAAAAUCACUUGUCAUGAGAGAAAUCACACAGUUCGCCUCGUUCGGUCAAGUUAAGUAAAUUUUAUUUUUAUAGCCCAUUGUCACAAAUUUGCCUCAAGGGGCUUUACAAACUGUACAGCAUACAACAUCCUCUAUCUUUAGACCCUCGAUUCGAAUGAGGAAAAACUCCCCGUAAAACUCAGAUGGACAGACAUGCAGUAGAUGUUGUGCUUACAGAAUAGAUCAACAUGGUGAAAUUACAAUACGGAUGACAAAAUGAUUGCUAGAUUGUGAACAUAUAUGAAGUUCCGGGACAACUUCCACUUGCCUCCAAACAGCCACACUCUCUCCUCUUCACCAUAGAGACCUGGAAGAGGACAGACAAGUCUGUGGUUUAACCACAGCAGUCUUAAAGGUAGUGGGGACAAUGCCAGUUGUAUGUGAUAAAUUAACAAUAUUCAGUAUUGUAGGUCUCAGAAAUGGUGUUUGUUGUUACUGAUUAAAAGAGAGAAAUAUGCU